CCAGACAGUCAGACCAACAAUCUGCAUACCGCCCGAGUAGGUUAGAUGACAAAACUUAACAGUUGCUUGAUUUCACGGAGGUUUACGCAAGAUGGCGAGCGCCCAGAGUUCCACAGAGCGAUAUUACAUAGGAGUAGAUGUCGGCACAGGCAGCGUUCGAGCCGCACUUGUCACCUGUGAUGGACAAGUGAAAAGCAUGGCUGAAGAACCAAUUCGCAUUUGGUUGCCCCACCAAGACCAUUAUGUUCAAUCGUCAUCUGAUAUCUGGGCCAAGUGCUGCAGCACAGUUAAAAAAGUGACUGAGGGCAUUGACAAGACCAAAGUGAAAGGGAUUGGCUUUGAUGCAACUUGCUCUCUCGUUGUUUUGGACCAAAGAUUUCAACCAGUUGCUGUGGAGCGCGGUGGUUUUCCUCCAGAUUCUCAAGAGGGAAACAUUGUCAUGUGGAUGGACCACAGGGCAGCCGAGCAGGCCGCUCGCAUCACCGCGGCGGGCCACAGGGUCCUGAGCGGAGUGGGAGGGGUGAUGUCCCCUGAGAUGCAGCCCCCAAAGUUACUCUGGCUGAAAGAGAAUCUUAAAGAGAGCUGCUGGAAGGAGGCUGCUCACUUUUUUGAUCUGCCAGAUUUUUUGUCUUGGAAAGCGACCGGAUCAUUAACCAGAUCACUCUGUACUUUAGUUUGUAAAUGGACUUAUUCUCCACCUGAGGGAUGGGAUGAUUCGUUUUGGACCAGUAUUGGACUCGAGGACCUUUUGGAAAACAACUACUCCAAAAUAGGUAACCUUACCUGCACCCCUGGCACAGCCCUGGGCGGAGGCCUGACACCGGAAGCUGCUGCAGAGUUGGGGCUCCUUCCUGGCACCGCUGUGGCUGCCAGCCUAAUAGACGCGCACGCAGGAGGCCUAGGUGUUGUAGGGGCUGAUGUCAACGGCUUUCAGCUUCCGUGUGAACACCAACCUCUAACAUCGCGAUUGGCGCUGAUUUGUGGCACGUCGUCUUGUCACAUGGCGAUCAGCCAGGACCCCAUUUUUGUUCCUGGUGUGUGGGGACCUUACAAUUCAGCCAUGGUGCCUGACCUGUGGUUGAAUGAAGGCGGACAGAGCGCCACUGGUAGACUGAUUGACUACAUGGUGAAAGGUCAUGCAGCCUACCCAGAGUUGAAAGAGAAAGCGGAGAGCUGUCAAGACAGUGUUUACUCCUACCUUAACAAACACUUGGAGACUAUGACCAAAAAACAAGCUAGCGUGGACCAGCUGACAUCCAGUCUGCACGUGUGGCCAGACUUCCACGGCAACCGGUCUCCUCUAGCUGACCCCACUCUGAAAGGAAUGGUGGUUGGACUUUCCUUGUCCCAGUCCCUGGAUGACCUGGCUGUGUUAUACCUGGCAACCGUUCAGGCUGUGGCGCUAGGUACCAGGCACAUCCUGGAGGCCAUGAGGGAAGCGGGCCACUGUCUCACAACCCUCUUCCUGUGCGGGGGGCUUAGCAAGAAUGCCCUUUUCGUGCAGGUGCAUGCUAACGCUACAGGUCUGCCUGUGGUUCUGCCUGCUGAGAAAGAAGCUGUUCUGGUGGGGGCUGCCAUCUUGGGAGCAUGUGCUUCUCUUGACUACAAGUCCAUAACGGAAGCCAUGGGGAAAAUGGCAAAAGUCGGAAGAGUUGUAAAACCAGACCUUGGGCAAGAAAAUUUCUACAGGAGAAAGUUCAGUGUGUUCCUUCGCCUGUUUGCCCAGCAGAGGGAGUGUGCGGAGCUCAUGAGAGAGUGAAGUGACUACAGCAGCCGGCAGAGGAGUCUGUCCUCAGCGGGGCAGGGGGUGGGCAUCAUCAUUGAAACCACACAACAAGAAGUGGCACAACUUUCAGUUCGGUGACAGGGCACAGUUCUUCAAUAAUGAACAUGUACAGUUCCCCGCUUACCUGCACAGAAAUUUUGAAACUGACUGACACAAAGCAGUGUAAUCAUUUGCUGGAAUGCUGUUGUUGUUUCAUAAUACAUUUUUACUGACUACA